CGAAAUAGUUAUUUCAUAUUUAUUGCAGAAGCCACGAAUAAAAUGUCUGAAGUUGGUGUAAGUAAACCUGGAGGCAGCAGGGCACCUGGCCUGCUUGGAACAGAGUUGACCGCUAAAGAGAAGGCGGCUGAACGAAUGAAGAAACUCCGAGACUUACAUUUAAAGAGAAAUGAAGCUAGGAAGUUGAAUCAUCAGGAAGUAGUUGAAGAAGAUAGGCGGAACAAGGAGCCUAAAAACGAGGAAGCCCGAAAAAGGCGAGCUGAGUAUGUAUUAAAGGAAGAGGAAGCUAAAGCCGCAUGCCUAGCGGCUGGUAAGGAUUGGGAGAUUGAAAAACUCAGGCAUAUCGGGGCAGAGGAUGCAGAUGCUCUGGAUAAAAGGAAGCGAAGCAAACAAAAUCCUGAUGGAGGGUUCAGCACCUUUGAACAAGCAACAUUUAGAAAGUAUUCAGGCCUUUUAAAGCAGAUCAAACCUGACAUGGUAGAAUAUAACGAAAAGAAGGAAAAGGCUGGAGAGGCUUUCUACGCCACAGCUGGAACUAUUGUACACGGUGUACAUAAAGAUUCUAAAGACGCAAUUUCGGUAAAAAUACUUAAAGGAUUUGCUAUAAUAAUUUGUAAAAUUAUUUGUUUAAAGAAUUAAAAUUUA